AUGAGAUCCUUUCUACUGAUCAGUACACUUCUGUACGCUCUUCAGGUCGCAGCCCAGUGCGAUCCAACCAAAGGAAGUUGCCCACCCAUCACGGGUUUGGCAACCAAUGAAUACACCGUUGACUUCACCAAAGUCAACGCUCUCCCCACGAAUUGGACACUUGCCGACCAGGCAGUCGUCAACUAUGGCUCGGACAAAGGUGCCGAGUUCAAAUUCGCCAAAAAGACGGACGCCCCAUACAUCUGGACCAGCUUCUAUGUGCUCUUCGGUCGCAUUGAGGUCACACUGCAGGCGGCUCCAGGUCAAGGCGUUGUUACUGGUGCUGUCUUGAUGUCCGAUAACCACGACGAGAUCGACUGGGAAUGGAGCGGCUCCAACUUCAACUCUGCCACUGGCAAGGUCCAGACCAACUACUUCGGCAAAGGCAUCACCGGCAACUACGAUCGAGGGACGCAACCUGCAGUUGACUCGCCUACGACCAAGUUUCAUACAUACGUGGUUGAUUGGACCCCAGAUGCUAUCACGUGGUCGAUCGAUGGCAAUGUUGUCAGGACUCAGAAGAGCUCUGGAGCUACGGACGGUGCUUAUCAGCACCCUCAGACUCCUUCUCGUCUGCAUCUUGGCAUCUGGAACGCUGGCGACAAGGACAAUAACCCGGGUGUCAUCGGCUGGGCUGGUGGCAUUACCGACAUGAACAAAGUACCGUACAGCGCCUAUGUCAAGAGCGUCAAGAUCAGCACUCCCAAUCCCUGCUCUAGCUGGGAAUUCCCAGCCGGCUUCACCGGCAAGUGGCAAGACGUCAAGUGUACCAACCAAACUCUGACACGGAACCUGCCUUGUACCUACAAUGUUACAGCUGGCGACCAUGGAUAUCUGAUCGCCUCGAAGAUUGGCAUCACUUUCAACGAGCUCAGCGCGGCGAAUCAGGGCCUUGACUGGGACAAACUUACCCUAGGUCAGACUCUCAAAGUGCCUGGUGGCAACUGUACUCUGGGCAACGGCACAGUGCCUGAAAAGUCCACUCCAGAUUCGCCCUUCAAGAGCAACGGUACGAACCAAGUUCUGAAUGGUACUGCAAGCACUACAGCGCCAUUUGCAAACACCACUGCUCCGUAUCAGAACAGUACGAGCGCUCCGUUCAGCAAUACCACCACCCCGGCAACUGCUACCUCUUCCGCUCCAAUGGCCAAGUACACGUGCCAGAAAGGCGACUAUGGGAAGAGCAUCGCUACGAAACUUGGCUGUCAGUUCGAGGAGCUGGAGAAAGCAAAUCCUGGUUGCGACUUGGAUAAAUUGCUCAUUGGUCAAGUCCUGAACAGCUGCAAGUCGAUGACCACAACUGCUCCGGUGCCAACGAAUGCCAACGUCACGAGCAUGACAACCACGCAAACGGCGACAAAUACCGUCUACCAGGUGAAGAAGGGCGAUUACUGCGAUAAGAUUAUCGUCCUACUUCAGUGUAGUCAGGAGCAGUUGACCAUUGCGAAUCCUGGCCUGAACUGCGACAGUCUGACCGUUAGCCAGCCCGUGACUGUGCCGACGAAUGCUCCUUCGUGCUCCGUCUGCAAGGUCACUACUGCUACAUCAACCAUCACCAAGACAAGCACCAAUGUCCACACCGUCACUGGUGGUCAGGUUCAGCCUGUGCCCAGUAACACAACCAACUGUCUGACCUACACAGUUGCAAAGGGUGACUAUGGUGUCAAGAUCGCUGACAGCUUUGGUAUAUCAUUCUCGGAGUUGGACAAGGCCAAUCCUGGUAUCAACUGGGACAAGCUUUGGAUUGGGACCGCGCUCAAGGUCCCUGGCAUGCCUUCCAAGAGGCCAUCCAGUGGAGUCAACAGCAGUGCUUGUGCUUCAACGGCCGUCAAGCCCGGCUCAUCAAGCAGCACAGCUCCGAGUGCCACCACCACUUCAAGUGCUAGUACGUCUUCGACUAUACCGUCUACUUCGAGCACGUCUUCGUCGUCGACUUCUGCGGUUACAACUCCCUACACGACUCAGAUCACCUCUGUAAGCCAGCCCAUGACCACCACCGUCACCAGUUCUUGCAACACUUGUUCUUUGAUCACCAUUACAAUCCCAUGUACGGUUUGCCAGAACACAACGGUCACGGUGAACACGACGAUCACCCCGCCAAGCUCGUCUACCAGUGCUGUUCUGCCCAACACAGGCGGCUCUUCAUCUACGACUCCAACGACCACUUCGUCUACCACUUCGUCGUCGACGACGUCGGCUCCUCCCGCAAGCUCUUCCAACCCGUGCUUGUACUACAAUGUCGCUCCCAAUGACUAUGGUGUGGCCAUUGCCAACAGUUUUGGCAUCGGCUUCGAGAGUCUGAAGACAGCCAAUCCAGGGGUUGAUUGGCUCAAACUCUUGAUCGAUCAGAAGAUUGUCAUUCCGGCUGGGUCCACGAAGCAGCCUGCCAAAGGCGUGUCACCCGGACCAGCUGACUGCAAGGCUGUGGUUACAUCCUCGACGUCGUCGACUUCGAGUUCAAGCUCAACUUCGAGCUCAAGCACGUCCACUCCCAGCACAAGCUCGUCCUCAUCAGCUUCAAGCACUGUGCCGCCAAGUAGCAGCAGCUCGGCUUCAUCUUCAGCCAGCACUAGCUCGACUUCAACUACCAGCAGCCAGACCACUAUUCCAAGCACGAGCGUAACAUCUUCCUCGAGCACGAGCACGACCACCCUGCCCCCCAACUGUCAUUAUGACAAUUGCUUGCGCAACAUGUUGGAUGGACAUGUGUCUUCAGCUGCCAGCUCUCUGUGCAAGGACUAUACAAAGACCAGCAACAUGGAAAUUCCAACAUACCUCGGCGGCUGUGAUGGCAAGCCUUACCGCGUGACCAGCGCUUGCUAUUGCAUCUCCAGCUCCAAUCCGCCACCACCACCGACGUCGAGCUCUGGUUCGUCUACAACAUCGACCACUACGACUACGACUACGACUUCCAGCAGCAGCUCGACUUCAAGCACAAGUUCGACCUCGACGACUGGCUCCUCAAGUGCGACCACGGCGACCAGUAGCAGCACGUCAUCGUCAAGCUCUAGCUCGUCUACGACGAGCCCAUCCACGAGCUCAAGCACGACUACAACUAAGAGCUCGAGCACAACCACUACGAGCCCGUCCACAAGCUCAAGCACGACUACAACCACCACAACCACCAAGACCUCGAGCACGACCACGACUACGACUACCACAACUACGACAACCACCAAGACCACUACAACCACCACUACUACCACUCAGUCUCCGCCUCCACCCCCACCCAAGUCCCCACCAAAGGAGGACUGCGACGAGUGGGGCAACCCCAUAAAUCGUGGCGGUGGGCAUGGGAAUCAAGGCGGCGGUCAAUACGGCGCCGGUGGUGGCGGUCCAGGUGGCGGCUAUCAGGGUGGUGGGCGCGGCGGUGGUUGGAAGCGAGACGUCGCCGACGGUGAUGAUGCUUACGACAGCGUUGCGGACAAUCAAGGGUGGGACACUGCUGAGCAUGAUGACUCCGGCUUCAGCUUGGACAAGCGAGCUGGACACGGCGGUGGUGGCGGCCGAUUCGGUGGCGGAGGACGCAAGUCGAUGAAGUCUGGCGGCGGCGAGCAUGGCGGCAGCGGAGGUGCCGGUGCUGGUGCUGGUGGCUGGGGAGGAGGUGAACACCAAGGUGGAAGAGGAGGCGGUGGUGGCGACCACCGCGGAGGCGCUUCUGGAGGUGGCAUGGGUGGUGCACCCGGCGGAAGUGGAGGUGGAGCUCCUGAAGGUCAAGGUGGCGGCUCAGGUGGGAACCAAGGUGGAGGUCCUGGUGGCUCCGGAGGAUCUGCUGGCGGGCCUCCUGCUGGCGGACCAGGCGGCUCCGGCGGUCAAGGAGGAUCGGGAGGUGGUCCUCCUGCUGGUGGACCAGGCGGCUCCGGCGGCCAGGGAGGAUCGGCAGGUGGUCCUCCUGCUGGCGGACCCGGCGGCUCUGGAGGUUCAUCGGGAGGCGGUCCUCCUGCUGGCGGAUCCGGUGGCUCAGGCGGCAACCGCGGCAGCGGAGGCAGUGGUGGCGCCCCGCCUGCCGGGAGUGACGGCGGCAGCGGCUCAGGUGCAGGUAUGAAACGACGCUGGCAAUGGCAAGGACCCAAAGGCCACCACUUCGGAGCUCAAGCUGACGGCGAUGCAGGUAAUACUGGUGGCUAUGAUGCCCCUCCUGCCGUUUCACCGAACUCGAAUUCCGCUCCUUCCGGCAACAUGAACUAUCCGAACAACAACGCCAAGCUCCAGUCCUCGCCUUCAUCGAACUCUAUGAAUAUGAAAACCUCAAACUCAGGACCCACACCUACACCUACAGGCAAGACCGGCUCCGGCAACUCCAAGAACGAUCCGGUCUCUGGCAAUCUCCCAUCUGGCGGCUCCGCGGGCGGUGCACCUGCUGGUAACGAUAACCUCUACGUUGAUCCCAAGAAUAUUCCCGCUAGCAUGUCGGUUGCGGCGAGCUAUGCCGGGUUUACAAAUACAGCGGACUGGACUAUGCAGCAACGUCGGUCAGUAGACGACGACGACAGUGAUGCUGACAACGAGGCGUCGGACCAUGAGUCCGCAGGCGAUAUUCCGGUGUCGAACAGACCUGCUGCUGACGAUGAGAGUGACUUCGACGACGAUGACGCGGCCGAAGGAAUCAAGCUAAACGCACCAGUGGCGGUGUUCGGAAAGCGCGAGCCGGAGCAUGAGGGCGAGGGAGUGAGUGACAAUCAGCAUGGGAAGGCGAGGGCGCCGAUGAACGACAAGGAGCGAGGAGAGUGGCGGAAGAAGAUGGCGGAGCGCUUGGGGAAGGUCGGUGCAAGGAGGGCCGUUGAUGCUGCGCCAUUCGUGUAA